CAUGUUAUCAUCCUUUGAAACUGGCCACUGAUGCUCCUGAUCGUAGUCAAAAUAUUUUACAGCCAGGAGACUGCUUCAAGUCUCGCAUUCGACUUUCGGUCCAUCAACAUCCUUUUCGCAAAGGACCUCAAAAAAAUUUUAGCAAAUCAAAUCUGAAGUUUAAGAAGUAUUACAAGAACUACCUCGAUAACACGUCUCUGUCCAGCCUUCCAGCUACCAUCAGCAAGGAGUGGAGGUCCUAUGAUCUUGCCCUUCCAAAAGACACCUUCCAGCGUCAAUAUGGGCUCCAUCAGCAAGAGAAAACAAGCACAAAUUGUAAGCAAGCUCCAAAAGAUUUAUGGCAGAAGGAAGAUUACAUUUAUUCGGAAAAAUUGUCCUCAACCAUGCAGAAUAAUUUACAUUUGCGUGGACAAGAAGGGACCAAUUCAAUCGUUCCUGUCAUUGCAGGCAUUAGCGGUGAUUCAGGUAGGUCUAAAAAUAUGAAUAAAAAUUGA